CUGUCUCUCAAGGAGGAACACAUUUUUUUUGGCAACAGAUCCGCUUCGUUUAUUAUUAUUUUCUAACCUCACUCGAGCCUGCUGUAUUCUUGCAGAUUUUUUUUUUCUGAGAGAAAGAUAGAACUUUCUAAAAUUAAAGGUGCAAUAUAUAUCUCUAUAUCUAUAUCUAUAGAUUUAAUUUGAUAUAUAAGAUUGCCGGCGUGAUGGGUUCCGUGCUGCCCGCCGAAGCAAUGGUACUGAAGUCUGGACUCAAACAGCAGGGCUUGUCCCUGUCUGAUAUUAUCACCUCAGAUAUACUGCACAGUUUUCUCUACGGGAGAUGGAGAAACGUGCUAGGGGAGCAUCUCUUUGAGGAAAAGAACACCAACGCCAACCCCAAAACGGCGUUCACCGCCGAGGUCCUGGCACAGUCUUUCUCGGGAGAAGUCCAAAAGCUGUCGAGUUUGGUGUUACCCAGUGAAGUCAUCAUCGCCCAGAGCUCCAUCCCGGGAGAGGGUCUCGGUAUCUUCUCCAAAACCUGGAUCAAAGCCGGUACCGAGAUGGGUCCCUUUACCGGGAGGGUCAUGUCCCCCGAACACGUGGACCUCUUCAAAAACAACAAUCUCAUGUGGGAGGUGUUUAAUGAAGACGGCACCGUGCGCUACUUUAUCGACGCCAGCCAGGAGGACCACCGCAGCUGGAUGACGUACAUCAAGUGCGCGCGGAACGAGCAGGAGCAGAACCUGGAGGUGGUGCAGAUUGGCAACAGCAUCUUCUACAAAACCUGCGAGGUCAUCCCGCCCGAUCAGGAGCUCUUGGUUUGGUACGGAAACUCCCAGAACACUUUCCUGGGAAUCCCUGGCGUUCCGGGAAUGGAGGAAGAUCAUCAAAAGAUCAAACAAAAGAGUGACGACUUCCACAUGUGCGACGGCUCCACCCCCCCAUCCUCCUCCUCCUCCUCCUCCUCCUCCUCUUCCUCCUCCUCCUCCUCGGGCUGCCGCAUGCGUUGCGUCAUCUGUCACCGCGGCUUCAACUCCCGCAGCAACCUCCGUUCCCACAUGCGCAUCCACACGCUGGACAAGCCCUUCGUGUGUCGCUUCUGCAAUCGCCGCUUCAGCCAGUCCUCCACGCUGCGCAACCACGUGCGCCUGCACACGGGCGAGCGCCCCUACAAGUGCCUGGUGUGCCAGAGCGCCUACUCCCAGCUGGCAGGGCUGCGGGCUCACCAGAAGAGCGCCCGACACCGGCCCUCCAGCUCCGGGGCCGUCAGCUCCCUGCAGGGCCUCUCUCCCACCUCGCAGAUGCCCGUCCCGCACCCUGUCGCCCUGGCACACCACAUCACCACCAUGGUGCUGUGAGGAGGCGAGGCACAACACAAACACGUGACGCUUUCCUGUCGCUCCUAGCUCUCCUGCCAGGUCAGCGUGUGCCACUGCCCGCCUGCCCGCCUCCCUUAGUGAAGGUGCUGUUUUGCUAAGGGAUCGGAUAGCGGUAAAUUUAAGUGUCAAUGCACAGCACUGGCAUGCUUUAUGCCUUUAGCAGUAGAAACAGCAGUCGUCACUGUUUGGAAGACACGCGGGGAAAAAGUGAUACUUCCAUAUUCCGAAAAUAGCAGAACUUUCCACAGAUGUGUCAGGCAUGCUACCAAGCGAAAGUACAGGCACUGCAGAUGGCAGCUCUGCGGCUGUCAUUUCUAAUAGACUUUGGAGAAUGGUUUCGCUUGACACAGGCUCGUUGGAUACAAGAAGGAGGCAGCAACGGAAAAAUAAAAGAGUUGGACUAGAAAAAAAAAAGCUUUGAUUGUUCUUUAGACCAGGGUACGCUGCAGCCGCUCUCUUAAAAGUACACCAGGAAUUCUGUCCCUUGAACAAUAUCCCCUUAGUAGAACUGGUCACUCAGUUCCUCAGGAAAAUGUAGAAAUUCUAAGUUAGUUACAGAAUGCUGAAAUACUGAAGUAACACCCCUUGUACAUUAUUCAGCAAGCCAUGUACUGAAGUUUAUAGAAAUCGAGUAAAAAAAGUGUGUGCAAACGGCUCAUGUUGUAUACAGCGACCUCUGGCGGCUGUUGGGAAGUAUAGUCCGCUGCUUAUUUUAUGGAUUAGUGCGCCCCUAGUGUUCUUAAACGUACGUUACCAAACCUUCGUGUGUGGAGGAUGACAAUAUUUGUGUAAAAAAAAAAACACACAUAAAUGUGUAUGUAAAUAUAUAUACAAAAUGUAAAUGUAAUUUUAAAACUGUGCUCUACUUCCACAAAUACUGAACUGUCACUUUAUCUUUGUACAUAUGUAUGUAAAAUAUUAUUUACAAGACUUGGGUAAAAUAUAUUAUGAAUAGUGUAUGUAUGUAUGUAAAUAACUUUGUCCUACUCAUCACCUUGUAUUCGAAAUAAACUGUUACGUAUAUAUAAAAAAAAUAAACAAC